GCCGCGUCGAGGCCGCUGCCCCGCGAACAGCGAGCUGUCGGGAGGAGCAGGAAGCGGCUCCGCCACAGCGGAAGCCAGAGCGCGUUUGGCGUUUGGGAAUAAUCGCGCUGGCACUCGGAGCAGAGGGAGGUGUCAAGGAGCGCGUCGUCCGCGCGCAACAGGGGAACCGGGGUUCGUGCCAAUUUCACUCCGUCGCCGCUCAAACUUUCUUCCAAUCCCGCCUUGUUCAGUUUUCUUUUGCCUUUAAAUCUUUGAAGAAAAUGUCUCGCAAGAAGGCUGCCAAGGGCAAAGCGGCCACCGGCUGCAGCAGCAGCAGCGGCGGCGGCGGCCCGUCCGCGGGCAGCCCCGCGGGCAGCCCCGCGGGGAGAGGCGCCGGGAAGACGGCGAGGAGCAGCCCGGGCAUCGUCCAGAUGAACGGCGUGGUCCACCCCAGCAGACCCUCCGUCAGCAGCAGCAGCGAGUUCUACGACCUCGCGUUCAAGGUGAUGCUGGUCGGAGACUCUGGCGUGGGGAAAACCUGUCUGCUCGUCCGUUUCAAAGACGGCGCUUUCUUGGCUGGAAGCUUCAUCUCCACUGUGGGCAUUGACUUCAGGAAUAAAGUCCUGAGCAUUGAUGGAGUCAAGGUGAAGCUCCAGAUCUGGGACACCGCCGGACAGGAGCGGUUCCGCAGUGUCACUCAUGCCUACUACCGUGACGCCCAUGCUCUGCUUCUGUUGUAUGAUGUCACGAACAAAUCAUCCUUCGACAACAUACAGGCAUGGCUGACUGAGAUCCAUGAAUACGCCCAACAGGAUGUGGUGCUCAUGCUGCUUGGAAACAAGGCGGAUGCUACACAUGACAGGGUGGUGAAGAGAGAGGAUGGAGAGAGGCUGGCUAAGGAGUUUGGAGUUCCCUUCAUGGAGACCAGCGCCAGGUCAGGUCUUAAUGUUGAGCUGGCUUUCACCGCUGUGGCUAAGGAGCUGAAGCACAGGUCCACGAAGGAUCCCAGUGAGAAGUUUAAGCUGCAGGAGUACGUCACUAAGGAGAUGAAGGGCACUGGGUGCUGCAGGUCUUAAAGCCUGCUCCUGUCACUCUCUGUGUGUGUGUGUGUGUGUGUGUGUGUGUGUGUGUGUGUGUGUGUGUGUGUGUGUGUGUGUGUGUGUGUGUGUGUGUGUGUGUGUGUGUGUGUGUGUGUGUGUGUGUGUGUGUGUGUCACAUCUUCAUAAUGUGUAUAUUUAUAUCUGACUUUAUCAGAGAGGAGGAGUCAGCUCCGGCGAGGUAUAAACCUUUUUGUCCUUCUGAUGAUAGUCUGUUGCCCCGCACUCAUCCUGCUGCCCCGCUCUCCUCUUGUAUGUCUUUUCAACCCGGCUCAUAGAAUGUGAUAUCUAGCAAAUACCUUUGCAUCCACUCAUGUUGUGAUUUUUUCUGAUGGAGGGAUUUCAUCUUUUUCUUCAGAGACAAAGCACAUGUACGUUUAAAGCCAUUUAUCUUCUUACCUAAGUGUCAGUGGAAUCUGUUUGAAUUCUCUCUUCUUGUUCAACGUAUGGAUGAAAGCUCAUCUUCCAGAUGUGUAGUGUAUUUCGUCGUCUGUCUGUGUUUUAGGCUCCGUGGAGCCAGUUUAGCUCACCAGCAUAAACUCAGUCUAAGCAUUUACAUGGUUCAGCUGUGGAUACCUGGGGUUGUGUAUUACUUCAGCAAAAUGUUUAAGUACUUUAUUGUUGCUUCUUUUGUAUAAAAAGAUAUGGAGUGAAGAAAAGCAUCAUUUGCCACGUCAAACCAUUGUUUUAGUAGAUUUGAAUUCAUGCUAAAUGCCAAAAUAAGAAAAUUAGUUUAAACAAAUGUACAGAAACACAACAGUGCAUGGGUUACACAACAUGUAACAGUUUUCAGAUAAAUUACUGGGGAUAUUUUUCUAUUUUGGGGAUCAGUUUUGAGUCUUGGGGAGCUCUAAUGCAACUUUUUUUCUUGCUAAUAAAUAUAAUCUUUUGUUUAGAAAUUAUUUAAAAACAGGUUGAUGGUGUAAAUCCUUUUUUCUGCAUGUAAAAAAAGUUUGGCACUUUAGAUGGUUAAUGAGUUGUGAGUGGGGUUCGGGGAAUAAACACCUCCAGUAUGAUGACCAUUUUACCUGAAGUAUUGUAUAUGAAACGAGCAUAAUUCUGUUUUAGUUGUAGCCAGUGCAAAUAUUUCUAGAAUACUUUAAAUCCUGCUGUUGUUUUCCAUUCAUUAAUAUAUAAUGGGGAUAUACAGUAGUACAGUAGGCCUUUCUCAUUUCUUAUGUUUCUUAUAAUCUAUUAACAGUAUUUAACCUAUUCUUCAUAAAUAAUCAUAAGCCUCUUUUGACAGUUGUUUUGGUAGAUUUCAUCUAAGUCAUAAAAUCUGAAUAUCUAUACAGUAUUUACGGUACAUGCUCCCAUUUUGAUGUUCUCAGUAAUGUAUUGGUUUUACUACUUUUCAAUGUGCAACUUCUUUCUUAGAGCUGAAAGUGAACCACAAUAAAAACAGAAGGUUAUGUGGCUCUUA